AUUAAUUAAAGGAAUCCUUUAAUUUUAAAAUAUUUUAGUUUUUUAAUGAAAUGAUUACUUCAUUUUGCUAGACAAUGUAUAAUUACACACAUCCCGGUUCGCCCUGCCGAUGAACCUUAAAAUAAGAUUCAAGUCAUUAUAAAAUGAAUGACUAAAGAGUACAUUUUAAGAAGCAUGGCAAAUCAUUUUAAAACAUGCACAGAUAUGCACAUAUACAGAUGAUUCUAGUAGCAGUUCAGAUGCUACUGUUGUUACUACUCAAAAUUUUACCAGAAACUUCCACACUAUCUUUAUCAAAAAUUUAUCGCCGAAUCGCAUUAAAUACUUAUUAUUUUUUGCACAUUCGAUUUCAAGCUAUGAUUGGUUGCUCGGUCAAAAUAUAAGCCUACAGAUUUUCAACAACCAACCUAUUUUGUAGUUUUAACUCAUUUUUAUCCUACACAUCAAAAAAUAAUUUUUUUGAAACCAGGAUUCCUGGCAGUUUUUUAAAAUUAGAGGAUUUAAAGGUCGUUUUCUGAAGAAGGUGACCUACCGCGAUUCCAUGGUUCAACAUUGAAUUUUUCUAUUUAAAUCACACCAAGAAUAUUUAAUUAAUUUAAAUUUAUCUAAAAAAUUUAAAAAACUAAAGAAUAUUCAAAUGCAGCCAUUUGGAGCAAAGACUUCAGCACGUGGUAGUCUCCAUGAGCCUGUUAAACAGCAUCACGGAGAUUGCGAGAAGGCGGAUUCGCCUAAUCAGCAUAAACCUAAAAUUAGACUAGGUAAAAAACAUAACAGAAACUCAAAAUAUUUGGGUGUUAGUGCACCCGUUAAAGAAAACAAUCAACACACGAAAAGAAGUGAGUCCCCAAAGCCUUCUAGCGCUCAUUCACUUACACAAACAUCUCAGAGGCUAGAACAUGUAAAAAACGAAGGUUUAGGUAGGAAGAGGAAGCUGAGAAUGAACAAAGCCGUCAAAAACAGCUUGUUCCCAAGUAAAGGGUUAAUUCCACCCGAGUCAUCAUUAUUACAGAUGGAUCCUGAUAUGUACUAUGCAGAGAGACUCUAUAACAUGAGCAACUACAAGAACACAUUCCUUCAAUAUGGACAUACAAACCAGACUAGUCCAACGCCUGAACUUGACGACUCCUUUUUCACUGAAGACAACUUCUUCUUGUCAGACCAGAUAAAACUACCAAUAUAUGUGGGAUUCUUCUUAUCUGGAUUCUUUGGAUUAAUUCUUUUGAUAUUACUUGCCGUUUGGCUAUGGACAGUUGUGAGAACGGGUGGUCAAGAAGAUAAAGGAAUUGAUGAAUACACUAAAGGGAAGGCCAAUGAUGACGGCUUAACUCUAGCAGAAUUCAGGUCAACCAACCCUAAUUUAGUAACACUUGGUGACUACCUUCUUAAUGGGAGAAUUGAAGCUGAAAAUGACUAUGAUGAACGACACUAUUCAGAUGAAAAUACUGAUACUGACGAGGACCACCCGUCUCCUGGUGAAGGUACCAGCGACCAUAAUGAAGAAGGAAAUUUACCUGAAGCUGAAAAUAUUUGCGAAGAAGAAACAUAUCAAGGGUUUGAGGCUCUAAAUAGCCCCGAAGAAGAAUAUUCAGAGAAAGAAUCUGACACAGACAAAUCAAGUUCAUCCAAAGUUGUGAGAUUUGAAAACAAUGGCCCUGAAGUAAUACCUGGACCAGAUGACAUCAAUUACGAUGAAUACAUUGACUGGGACAACGAAGGUUACGAAAAUAAUUUAGAGGGAGCAGAUCAGGAGGAUGAUGACAGUUUAGAUAUACAAAAGCUCUUCGGUUAGACACGCACCCUCAUUGUAAUAAUUGUGGACAAACUCCAGAUUAUAACUAAUGUAGUGAAUAUAUAUC